AUGAGCAGCGAUUCUGCGAUGAUUGCAGCAAAUGGCUUCAUUUUGAUCAGUCUCGGCUCGGAAUUCUUUCGCAAAGCAACGAAAAUCCAACAAUGUUUUCAGAGAGCCGACAUGGCGUUCCGUAUCGGUGGUGGGAAAGAUCCUGUGGCGCCAUAUUAUGAUACUGAACGCAUCAUAGAAAUAGCCAUGAAGAACAAUGUUGAUGCAAUCCACCCUGGCCACGGUUUCUUGGCGAAAAGUCCACGGUUUGCUCAGCAAGUUGUUUCCGCUGGAAUGAAGUACAUCGGACCGACAGCAGGUGUGAUCGCACAAAUGCGCGACAACUUGCAAGCUCGUCAGUGCGCCAUAAAGGCGAAACUGAAGGUACUCGUAGCAAACAGAGGAGAAGUAGCAGCACGAAUACUUCGAACCCUCCGUGAAAUGGAAAUCGAAUCCGUUGGCAUCUAUACGUACGAGGACCGCUUCACCCAGCACCGUUUGGUAGAUCAUUAG